AGAUCAUGUGAGAGUCCACGCGCCGAAAGUAGCACAGACGCAGAGAGAGGGAAAGAGUAGAGGGCAUAAUUUUAUUACAUAGCCGACAGAGCGCGCAUUUACGCAGGGGAAAAAAAAAGCCUAUGAUGAAGCGGAAUUUACUUUGAACAACCAGAUGAGAAGAACAAGUAGGCUGUGCAAUAACUUAUGAGGUUAAGUUGUUUUUGUUUUUUUACAACUGCUCUGUUUUGGAGUUUUCAAAUUUUCACCUGAGUUUUACUUUCGGCGCUGUUCAAAUGUGCUGGAGUUAUAUUAUCAUUCGUAGAUAAUAUAGCAUCAAAAUGAGAGCUCAAAUCGAAGUAAUCCCCUGCAAGAUUUGCGGGGACAAGUCAUCGGGCAUCCACUAUGGGGUGAUCACUUGUGAAGGCUGCAAGGGCUUCUUCCGCCGAAGUCAGCAGAACAAUGCGAUAUACUCCUGCUCGAGGCAGAGGAACUGUCUUAUUGACCGAACCAAUCGCAACCGUUGCCAGCACUGCCGCCUGCAGAAGUGUCUGGCACUGGGCAUGAGCCGCGAUGCGGUGAAGUUUGGCCGCAUGUCGAAAAAGCAGCGCGACAGCCUCUAUGCUGAGGUUCAGAAGCACCAGCAGUCCCAGGAGCGGGCAGGGGUUCUGAGCAAUGGUGGACCCGGCCACGCUGGUGAUGAGGCUGGGGAGAACGGCAUCAGCCAUGGCCGGGCCUACAGCCGGGGCUCCAGCACCACCCUUAGCGACCUGGAUGACAUAACCACGCUACCAGACGGUCUCCUGUUGGAUCUGCCGCUCACACCGGAGGAAGCCGCCGACUACUGCAGCCUAGAGCUGCUGGGGGGAAGCGGUGGGAGCAGUUCGUCCUCCCAGAGUUCUCCUGAGCCCAGCAGACAUGAAUUUAGUGACGUGACACACAUCAAACACGAGUACCAGACCCUGCACGAGUCGGGACUCUUCACUCGCUCAUUACUUAACCCACCUGAAGGCUGUUCCUUGAUGGAAAUUGAACGGAUUACACAGAAUGUGGUCAAAUCCCACAUCGAGACAAGUCAGUACAGCUCAGAAGAACUGAAGAGAUUGGCUUGGACCCUCUAUACACAUGAGGAGAUACGUGUCUACCAAAACAAGUCCACAGAGAUGUUGUGGCAGCAGUGUGCUGUGCACAUCACGAACGCCAUCCAGUAUGUGGUGGAGUUUGCCAAGCGUAUCUCUGGAUUCAUGGACUUGUGUCAAAAUGACCAGAUUAUCCUUCUGAAAGCAGGCUGCUUGGACGUGCUAUUGAUCCGAAUGUGUCGGGCCUACAACCCAAUCAACAACACGCUGUUGUUCGAUGGAAAGUUCACAAGCCCGCAGCUCUUUAAAGCGCUCGGCUGUGAUGAUCUGGUGAGUGCUGUGUUUGAGAUGGCUAAAACCCUGAGCCGGCUACAGUUGUCUGAAGAGGAGAUGGCUCUGUUUACCGCCACUGUGCUUCUGUCUCCAGACCGACCUUGGUUGACAGAUGCCCAGAAGGUGAAGAAACUUCAGGAGAAGGUCUAUGUUGCGUUGCAACACUGGCUUCAUAAAAGUGGUGCCAAUGAGGAGAAACUGUCAAAGAUGGUGUCCAAGUUACCCAUGAUGAAGUCCAUUAGCAACCUCCAUAUUGAUAAGCUGGAGUUUUUCCGCCUCCUUCACCCAGAAACGGCCUACCACUUCCCUGCUCUCUACAGAGAGGUUUUCUGCAGCGAGAUCACCUUCCCAGACUCCACUGAGGGCUAACGUUCAUUGAAGUCUCAUAUUGGCUCUGAUGAGAGAGAGAGGGAGAGAAAGAUCAAGAAAGACAGGGAAUGGAAAUAGAAGGUAGAUGGAUAUGUG